AUGACUCCUCCUCUGGGUCAGUACCAGGGUGGGAUGGGCCAGUACCAGGGUGGGGUCGUUUGGGGUCGUAUUGGAUGGGCCAGUACCAGGUGCUGUGUCUCUGUGACCAGUGCUGUGUCUCUGUGUCCGUGCUGUGUCUCUGUGCCCAGUGCUAUGUCUCUGUGUCGCUGUGUCCAGUGCUGUGUCUCUGUGUCCAGUGCUGUGUCUCUGUGUCGCUGUGUCCAGUGCUGUGUCUCUGUGUCCGGUGCUGUGUCGCUGUGUCCAGUGCUGUGUCUGUGUCCGUGUUGUGUCGUUGUGUCCAGUGCUGUGUCUCUGUGUCCGGUGCUGUGUCGCUGUGUCCAAUGCUGUGUCUCUGUGUCCAGUGCUGUGUCUCUGUGUCCGUUGCUGUGCUGCGGCUAG